GCCGGCGGCCGUUGGAGUCGCGGAUGGAGCAGGAGCAGGAGCGGCUGAGGCGGCAGAUCCGCUUGCUCCAAGGUCUCAUCAAUGAUCAUAAAAAUGCCCAUGGGAAUGCACCAGUUCCCCCGCCUGCUUCACUAUCCAGGUGGAGGAACCCCAAACUUCCUGCCUUUCACAACCAAGCUGCCUUCAGUGCUCGAUAUGGUCCGCAACCCUCCAGAGAUUUCCUGCCUUGCCAGGGCAGUACACCUGCCUGGAGAAAGAAAUACUCGCUUGUCAACAUACCACCUAGACCAGCCCUUCCUUCCGCAAGCAGCACUUCUGCUGGUGCUUCUUGGAUGACGCAGAGCCAGGCCAGUAGCGAGGGUCCCGAGCCACAGCCAAUGCCUCCGGAAACAACUGCAGUCUCUCGUGCAGUGGCAAAUGCUGGGGUGCAAGCUGGCUCCAAGGCAGGGGAUGCUGCUGGCCCAGGAUUCCAGCAGGGCUCUUCAGGAGCAGGAGAGGGACCUUCAGCUUCUAGAGGGAGUGUGCAAACGGCGACUUGGCCUUUAAAUGCUGGCUCAGAACAGAACAAGGAGUUACGUGCUUCUGCCUGGCCCCACUUACCCCACUGCAAAACUGUUGCUAGCGGUGGAAAUGGCCCACCUGCAGGGGGUCAGAAGAAGCCUGUGGCUGGAAAAGCACUGAUCCCCAACUUAUGCAGGACUGCUAGUGAGGGUGCCGUUGCAUUGAAAUCUGAGCCUCAGCAGCCUCUGGCCUUGCCUGAACGUGGAACAGGUUCUCUCCCGGUCCGGAAGAAACCAGGAUCCCAGGUUUCAUACCUGUAUGGUUCACAGCACCACCCUGCAGGGGCAGGCAAGCUCAGCCCCACAGGAGUUGUGGAUCUGUCUGCUGGCUGUGCUCAUUCUGCCGGGGAAGCGUCUUCAAGUGCUGAGACGAAUCUUCCCCAAGACAAGCCCUCCAUAUCUUUGGUCCAGAAGUCUUCUUCCCUGCCAGCCUCUGUCAAAUCUUCCCUGUUCAAGAAAGCAAACUACACGUGGGUGGCAAAUCCCAGCAAAUCUCCCCAAAGCGUUAAGAGGUGGGGUGUUUCCAGGGCCUCUGAAAUCACACCCAAGUUUGCUGUCUGUGCAGCAGCAGCCCCCAAGUUACAAUCAAGGGGAGCAAAUCUAGAUUUGGGUGCAAAACCAAAGAAAUCCAGCCCACAUUCAAAGCUGGCAGUUUCCUCCAGCCAGUACAAGUGGAAAGCAGCUGGUCUGAGGCCUGCUCCUCCUACAUCCGCCUCGGUGUUCACGUGGCAGCGCAAGGAAUGCACUGGGCCUGGAGGUCCCCCCUGCGCGGCUGCCAGCACGUCCCUCCAGGCUCUGAGGCGUGUCCCUCUUGGACAUGGUCGCCUUGGUCAGGGCAACCCAAGACCGUUCUUUGGAAAUACCGGCUUUUUUAAUUACAAACUGAGGAGCUGGAGUAAAAUCAUUAAGAGAAAGGGAAGUUCCUGCUUGCCUGCUGUGCUCCUGAAAAGCCGCUAUUGCCUCAGGAAACGGAACUCCCUGCGGGGAAGGCCCUCCCCCCCCACCCGAAGAACGGCGACGAAAGGCCUCGUGCAGAUUGGCAAACACAGACUGCGCCGGCUGCCAGCCUCUCGAGUUCCCGUCUUGGCCAAGGAAGGUUCCAGCUUCCUCCUUGUCGCAAGCCCAGCAGCCAACCGAGUGGUCAAUACCCGCUAUAGGCUGGUGAAGAAGACGGCAGCUUCUCCCUUGACCUCUGCGGCAUCUCUUGGCAGCCCGUCGUCUCAUGGCUGGAAGGCCAGAAAACUCUCAUCAUCAAGGUCUCUAAUACCAAACUCUGCCCGCCACCCCUCACCAGGGAACAAGUGCCAGGCGGUGCACCGGUGGAGGAACAAAGGCCUGCGCUGUAUCGGAGGAGUCAUGUACAGGGUGUCAGCUAACAAGCUUUCCAAAACCUCCAGCUCUCCAGCCAGGAACAUGGAAGUUGCGACCAGGAGCCAUGCCAGAGGAGCACGGCUGGACUCUGCGCAUGGUGUACCCGGGUAUUCUCCACCAGGCUGGCCGAGCAGGUCGACCACAAGCCGCUACAUUGCAAGCCGCGCCGUGCAGCGGAGCCUGGCCAUCAUCCGCCAGGCCAGGCAGAGGAAGGACAGAAGGAAGGAGUACUGCAUGUACUACAACCGCUUUGGGAAGUGCAACCGUGGAGAGAGCUGCCCCUACAUCCACGACCCCGAGAAAGUGGCCGUCUGCACCAGGUUCCUCCGUGGCACGUGCAAGAAGACAGACGGGACGUGUCCCUUUGCACACAAGGUUUCCAAGGACAAGAUGCCUGUCUGUUCCUACUUCCUGAAGGGGAUCUGCAACAACAGCGACUGUCCGUACAGCCACGUCUACGUAUCCCGGAAAGCAGAAGUCUGCGCAGACUUCCUGAAGGGCUACUGUCCCUUGGGAGAGAAGUGCAAGAAGAAACACACGUUGGUGUGCCCAGACUUCUUGAAGCACGGUGUCUGCCCCAAGGGCUCCCAGUGCAAACUGCAGCAUCCCCAGAAGAAGCGCCUGGCCAAGCAAGCCAGCCCCAGGGAUUCCUGUCCAGCUGAGCACUCAGCACCUGCGCCGAGGAACUAUGCAAACCAGACUUUGAGGAGAAAGGCACAAGAGGAGGAGGAGGAGGGAGGGGCCCCCUGGCACCCCAAAAGCAUCUCUCAAACCAGCCGCCUGACCAAGCAGCCCUCCUUCAUCUCGCUCCAGUCGCCCCCUGCCUCCCCCUGCGCGGAGGAGGGCCCCAAGCCUGAGAGGAAUGGAGAAGAAGCAGGAAAGCCCCUGCAGAUCAAGCCCAGGCUGUGACACCCCCUCCUGCCGAAAUCAUGGUCCGCCCGGCCACCCAGCUUUUGGCUCGCGCUCUCAGGGAUCCGAUGCCGCCCCGGCAACUACCUCAGGGCAACGCCGUGCCGAAGCAGAGGGCGCCCAGCCAGGACCUCGCCCCCCCCACUCCCGGCAAGGAGCGGCAUGCGCACCGAGAUCUCUCUGUCUCCUGCCUCCAAGGGCGACUUUGUGGCUUUGUUAUUGCGAGGAAGGAGCCCUUGGCUUCCCCACGCUCCAGAUCCAGCUGCUGAGGCUGCCACCUCUGGACCUUCUGCCGGUAAAGUCCCGGUGGUUCCGCCACGGCAGCCUUCAAGGAGACCCUCCCUCAGCGCCAAGCCCCGCAGGCAAGCGGCCCCGAGAGGCCCAAGCCUUGAGCCCUGUCUUCUCUCCCGGGGCAUCCCCAGGAACCUGAGGGCAUCUCCCGCUUGGCCGCCCCGGCUGGUGAGCUCCCGCUGCCGUUGGCGUUCCCUUCUGCACAAGCGAUGGGCGUUUUCCAGUGGCGCAACCCAAGGGGGCCUGGUGAUCAUUGUGGCUGCGGCAUUCCAGUGACCGUGUGGUGGAGACACGGGGCACGGAGCUGACACUUUGUCCUAGAGAGAAAUGAGGUUUCUGGGAAUGUGUGAGUGGUUUUCCCUUUCUGCUCUGGAAAAAGUCUUGGGGAUGAGCAACCUCCGUUCUUUGCAAGCUUUCCUUAAUAGCUGAUGCCAGGCUUUGGACUCACAAUGAUUUGUAAAGUAGACCUGUCUGGACGCUUUUAUUAUACAGAUGCAAGCAAAAUGUUUAUAUUUGUAGACAUGGUGAAUUUCUUAUAUAUUAUUCAGGUCCUCACUGUGAA